UUUUGACCUUAGCCCAGACUCGUCCUCAGACACAGAAAGCGGAGAGUUGGAACCGCACUCUGUCAAGGCUCCUUUGGCAAAGCAGGGCAGCCCUGCUCUGAGGAAAGGCAGAUCCUUCAGAAAGGAGAGUAAAAGGUGCCUUCGACCGGAGCGUGACCUUGCUGGAGGUGUGCGGGAGCUGGCCCGAGAACUUCGGUCUGCGCCACAUGUCCUCCAUGGAGCACACGGAGGAGGGCCUGCGGGAGCGCCUGGCCGACGCGAUGUGCGAAUCCCCCAGCAGGGACAUGGUGGGAUCAGGAACAGACACAGCCGGUGAAGUAGCAGUAAAAAACAUCACCACAAAGAGGCACAUGGCUUUGAAAUGUUUUGAGCUUCAGCGAGAGGGAAGCAUAGAGACGCUGAGUAACAGCUCUGGCUCCACCAGCGGCAGCAUCCCGCGCAACUUCGACGGCUACCGGUCCCCCCUCCCGACUAACGAAAACCAGCCCCUCAGCCUGUUCCCCACGGGAUUCCCCUAAAUUAGCCGAACAUCCAAGGAGAGAUCCAGACAGGGUAACGAGCCGCCUCUCCGCCUAAACAAUCCCGCUGUGUCCGUCACCUGCCGGCUCCCGCGGCGCUGGAUGGUUCUCGUUACCCUGAUGAAUAUUGACGACUCUCAGACCUUCCUGAAACUGUACUCACGAAAUCUUGACUCUGUGUCCCUGUGCAAUAUGAAGAGGCUCCGUCUUCAAAUCCUGACAGCCCCGCGGCUUCUUUUCUCGCUGUCUUCAGGGAAGAGGUUGGGUGAGGAGAGAUAUUUCUAAGCCAUUUUUGGGUCAGGCGCGCGGUCCCACGGCCGCUCUCUGCUUUCUUCGUGUUGAGAGAUGAAUUUCCGUAACUCAGAGGAGCUCUCGCCGUUCGUGCAAGUGCCGAGCAUUAAUGGAUGAACUGGAGAGACUGGAAACUGGAGGACUUGGUGUGGACAGGGUUGAUAAUGUUGUUCCUUCCUCGUCGCGUCUCCUUGCUGCCCUCCUUCCCCUCUGACGCUCAUCGAUGCCAGGAGUAUUACAAAUGGAAAUGUUUCUUUUCUGUUCUUUGGAAGGAUUCUCUCUAUUGCUCCGGUUUUCUUCUAGUCAUGUAUUUUAGAAACGUACUUAAUUGACUAAACUGCAGUCACAGAUUUCUCAUAUUUGGUUAUAAAAGUUGUUCAUUGGAACUCAGAUAUCUGUCCAGAAAUGCAUGUGUCAUUGAAUAAAUCUAAGUUAAACAAGAAACUGCUUAAAUGGCAAUGUUCAUGGAGUGUUACUGGGCUGACUGUGGGCUUUGUGUAUCUCCCUGGACCAGACUCUGGGCAUAUUUGCUAACUCAAGGGCUUUAAUUAAAGCCAUCAGUGGUUGUUAGGCAGCCAGUCUAGCUUGGGUUUGCCUCCCCACUCCCUCAUCCCUGUGUGUGAGGGAUAUUAAAAGUAAGGGAUAAUAAAAAUAAGGGAUAUUAAACCCAAG